GAUCAAAAAAAGUUUUACAUAACAAUAAUAGGUUUUUAAAAUUAAGAUUUUUUGUAAAUUUUUUAUUUAUUAUUAUUAAGUUACUAAUAUAAAUAUGUUACUAACUUAUUAUGUGACUUUAAUUAACAUUUUUUUUAUCCUGUCAUUUGAUGUGUAAAUAUUGUAAAAUUGGAUUACAAUGUCUCGUUUGGCAGAUUAUUUUGUGAUCGUUGGUUAUGAUCACGAAAAAGAGCGAAGUGGAACUAGUAAAGGAAUAAUUGUGCAACGUUUUCCAGAAAAAGACUGGAGUGAUACACCUUUUAUUGAUGGAAUUGAAUGGUUUUGUCAACCACAAGGGUGGUCUUUAUCAUCUGAAAGGCAAGAACCCCGUUUUUUUGUUUUUGUUCUUACUGAUGUUGAAGCAGAACGACAUUAUUGUGCAUGUUUGUGUUUCAAUGAAACUGUAUCCAUUAUUCCUAGUAAACCUGUUGAUGAAGAUGAAGAUACAGUUGUUGAAAAUAUAGCCCUUGUUAAAAAUAAUAUCACCAAUCAGAGAAAACAUCAUAGUAUUAUGUAUGCUCCAAAAUGUUUGGUUUUAGUAUCAAGAUUAGAUUAUAUUGAAACAUUUAGAAAUUGUUUGGGAAUAAUAUAUACAGUUUAUGUAGAUAAUGUUGAAACACCUUUAGAAAAUUUAAUAGGAAAUAUGUUAGGCUGUAUACAAGUUCCUCAACCUGGAGGGCCACAAGUACGAUUUAGUAUUGGUGCAGGAGAUAGACAAGCUUUACAACCUCCUUUAUCCUCUACAUUACCUGUCACUAAAAGUUCAGUUUAUCUAUUAUUUCAAGAACUUGGUAUUCAUAAUGUUGUGGUUUUAUUUUGUGCUAUUAUGACAGAACACAAAGUUUUAUUAACUUCUAGAAGUUAUACCAGGUUGACUGAAAGUUGUUCAGCUCUUGCAGCUUUAAUGUAUCCUUUUAAAUAUAGUCAUGUUUAUAUUCCAUUACUACCAGCUGGGUUAGUGGAAGUUCUAUCAACUCCAACUCCAUUUUUGAUGGGAAUUCAUGCAUCUUUAAAAACUGAUGUUUCUGAACAAAUGGAUGUCAUAGUAGCUGAUUUGGAUGGAGGUAAUAUUCUUGUACCUGAUGGUAUAAGUCUUCCACUUCUUCCUGAACCAUUGUUAACCCAGACUCAAGACUGUUUAAGUCUAGUACUACAACCUGAAUUAUGUUGUGCUGAUCAUGCAUUUCCUCCAAAUUCCAAUACUGUUCAACCACCACCUCCUACAAUAAUUGAUAAACAAGUUAGAGCAGUUUUUAUGAGAACAUUUGCUCAACUUUUUCAAGGGUAUAGGUCUUGUUUGACAAUAAUUAGAAUUCAUCCAAAACCUGUCAUAACAUUCCACAAAGCUGCAUUUUUAGGAGAGAGAUGCUUGAUGGAUGAUGAAUUUACAACAAGAGUAUUAGAUUGUAUGUUCUUCAAUAGUUUUGUUGCUGAAAGAGGUCCAGCUUGGCGAUCUUGUGAUCAGUGGGAUGAGUUGUAUUGUAACAUGAAUGAACUUCUAAGAAGUGAAACUUUAGAUGAUGGACGUUUGAUUUUAACUCAUAUUGAAGAUCUAGCCCAAGCUUUGUACUUAAAUGAAAAUCCUAAUCCUCAACCAUAUGUUCAAAAAAUUUUAAAACCCCCUGAAGGAGCAUUUACUCGUAUUCAUCAGCCUUCCUUUCCUAAAAUUGAUCCAAAUCAUGUUCAAACUAUUAUUAAUGACAAUUUAGCAAAAAAUAACUUAAAUUAUAAGCUUUCAUCUAUCAGACCAGCUCCACCACGAAUAGUACCAAUGGGACCACCUAUUACUAAUUGUAAUGACUUAAGAACAACUUUUAGUAAUUCUGCUAGACGAUUAGAGGUAUUACGUAAUUGUGUUAAUUGCAUAUUUGAAAAUAAAAUUUCUGACGCUCGCAAAACUUUUCCUGCUGUUUUAAGAGCCCUAAAAUGCCGAGCAGCAAGAUUGGCUUUAUGUACUGAACUUUCACAACAUGUACAAGGUAAUAAAGCCAUGUUAGAGCAUCAACAGUUUGAUUUAGUUGUACGAUUAAUGAAUUGUGCAUUACAAGAUGGGUCUCCUAUGGAUGAAUUUGGCAUAGCAGCUGCUCUCUUACCUUUGGCAACUGCUUUUUGUCGUAAAUUGUGCACAGGUGUAAUACAAUUUGCAUAUACUUGUAUUCAAGAUCAUGCAGUUUGGAAAAAUCAAAUGUUUUGGGAGUCUGCCUAUUAUUUAGAUGUUCAGAGAGAUAUAAGAUCAUUAUACUCAGAUAAUAGUAUUGUAAAUCAUAAACGGUCUUCAUCAGUAAAUAUUUCUAAUUCUCGUGAUGGUUAUAUUAAAGAUCAUCUAUUACAUGAUAAAUACAGCAGAUCUCAAGAACCAUCCGCUCUAGAAAUAGCAGCUGAGCAAAUGAGGUUACGUCCAUCAAAUAAUUCAGACAAACUCAAAGAAUACAUAUCUAGUGAAGAAUCUACAUUAUAUAGCCAAGCAAUUCAUUAUGCCAAUCGAAUGGUUUAUUUACUUGUUCCAUUAGAUGCUGGUAGUAGUAAUAUUAAAAAUUCAUCAAAUUAUCAAACAACUAAUAAAGCUAUAGAUGACGAAAGAACAUCAAAUAGUAUAACAAAUAGUGCUGUUGAUAGAUCAGGAAGUAUUUGUGAAUCUGAUAUUGAAAAUGGUUUUAUUGAACCUGAACCCAAUGAAAUUGGCAAUAAAGUCAUUAAAAUGGUUAGUCGUUUUGUUGACAAAGUUUGUACUGAAGGUGAAGUUAGUGAAGAACAUAUUCGUUCUUUACAUCAAAUGAUCCCCGGUGUAGUUCAUAUUCAUAUUGAAACAUUAGAUGGUGUUAGUAGAGAAUCUAAACGCUUACCACCUAUACAAAAGCCCAAAAUAUUGACACCAAAUAUGCUGCCAGGUGAAGAACCAUUAAUGGAUGGUUUAAGAGUUUACUUACUACCAGAUGGAAGAGAAGAAGGAUUAGGGGGAUUAAUAGGGGGUCCUCCACUUUUACCAGCUGAAGGAGCAAUUUUUAUAACCAACUAUCGUAUAGUAUUUAAAGGGACUCCAUUAGAUCCAUUUGCUUGUGAACAAGUUGUUAUAAGAGCAUUUCCUGUAACAUCUUUAACUAAAGAAAAACGUAUUACUGUCCAAUAUUUGGCCCAUCUUGACCAAUGGCUACAAGAAGGUCAUCAAUUCAGGUCUUGCACUUUCCAGCUGAUAAAAGUAGCAUUUGAUGAAGAAGUUAAUGCUGAGGAUAUUGAAUGUUUCCGAAAGUUUAUUCAUAAAGUACGUCAUCCACCCAAUGUAUUUAACCAUUUUGCAUUUACAGGACAAGUUCCAAUUUAUGAAAUGCCUAUAACCAAUGAUAAAGAAAAAAAUGCUACUUUAAGGGGUUUUGCUAAAAAAACACUAAUGAAAACAGCUAGAAAAGCUGGAUUUAAACAAAAAAGUUCGUCAAAACGUCACAAGUAUGUUUUGCCUAAUGUAUCAUCUAAUUCUAUAAAUAAAAGUAAUAAGUAUCUAACCACACCUGGUCGGAUGACUCUCCCACCUUUUAUUAACUCUGAUGAUGUAUCUAUGAACGAAUUUGACAUUAGUCCAUUAAAUAACCCAAGUAUUGUAUCUAAUGUAUCAGAUCCCAAAACACUGGAAAGAAUAUCUGAAAGAAGUUAUGUUAGAGACUGGAUGCGUCUUGGUCUAACACCUAAAAACACAAGUUCAAAUACAUUAGGCCAAAAAAGUCAUACCAAAGAACCAUUUAAAAUAACAUCUCUUAAUUCAGCCUAUCUUAUGUGUCGAAGCUAUCCAGCCCUUUGGGUUAUUCCAUCAUCAAUAUCAGAUGAUAGUAUACGAAGAUUUUAUCGAAAUUAUCGCCAUAGUAGAGUUCCAAUAAUAACAUGGCGUCAUCAACUGACAUCAGCUUUAUUACUUCGAGGUGCUGGAUACCAUGGGAAAAAUAUCAUAGGAAUGUUGAAAUCGACACAUCCGUCAUCUGCUGGUACACUAAAUUCUGAAACAAACUCAUCCAUUGAACAAGAACGUUACUUAUCGGCUAUUGUAGCUUCAACACCUUUAUCAAAUCUUAGACGUAGUGGAGCAGCAUGGGGUUUAUCAGGCAGUAGUCUCAGCAUUAAUUCUCUGUUAUUAGCUGCUGAUGAAAGCAUUAUAUCGCAAGAUAAUGCACGGGGAUCCAAACAAUUCUCCAAAAUAUCUAGAGGACUAAAUAGAUCUAGUGGUAGCAAAACAUUUGGUCGUUGGGGAUCAGUAAAAGAAAACAACAUUAAUAUAACAUCAAAUAGUUUUCAUUCUAAUAUGUUUCAAAAUCAAGAAAUGUCAUGCAUGCCAGAUCAGGAAUCUAAUGCUGAUGAUAUGCCUGAGUUUCAUAGAGCUGCAUUGUAUAUACUAGGAGACAAAACUCAAAUGAAGGGUAUGAAAGGUGAUUCUAUUAUGAAAAUUGAUUUUAUUCCUGUUGAAUAUGCUGAUAUUCGUCAUAGCAAAACUUCAUUUAAAAAAUUGAUGCGAGCUUGUGUACCUAGUUCUACAAGUAAUGAACCUGAACAAUCAUUUUACAAAAUGAUUGAAUGUUCUGACUGGUUGCAGCAGUUGAGAAAUAUUAUGCAAUUAUCAGGAGCUAUUGUAGAUCUUAUCGAUGUACAGGGUUCUUCUGUUAUGUUGUGUUUAGAGGAAGGUUGGGAUAUUACUUGUCAACUUUCAUCUAUUGCUCAAUUGUGCAUGGAUCCAUAUUAUCGUACUAUAGAAGGAUUUCGAGUGUUAAUUGAAAAAGAAUGGUUGGCAUUUGGACAUCGUUUUAGUCACCGCAGUAAUUUAGCUACUGCGUCACAAGCAUCUGGUUUUGCACCAACUUUCCUACAAUUUCUUGAUAUUGUGCAUCAAAUACAAAGCCAAUUUCCACUAUCAUUUGAGUUUAAUGACUAUUAUUUACGUUUUCUGGCCUAUCAUUCAGUAUCUUGUCGUUUUCGAACAUUUUUGUUAGACUGUGAAUUAGAAAGAGUAGAAUGCGGAGUUGCUGCUGUAGAAGAUAAACGAGGAUCCCUAACAUCUCAUCACAAAAAUGUAGAUACUGGUUCUGAUGAUGAUAUUGUAUAUCCAGGUGGCCGUUUAGCUGGUAAUAAUAUUCAAUCAAGUUACAUACCGAAUUUAGGACAGUCUGUAUUUGAUUAUAUUGAAAAAUAUAAUGCUCGCACAUCAAUAUUUUAUAACUUUAUGUAUAAUCCAAUUAUAGAACAAUCAGUUUUAAGACCACAAUCGUCACUACCUAACUUAAAUAUAUGGCAAUAUUAUUUAAAUGAAGAAUUAGCUCAUGGUCCAAGUUAUGAUCUUGAAAUAAUACAAAUGGAUAUGCAGCAAGAAGAAGAAGCUGAAGCUGCUGAUGGCAUCCCUCGAGAAACAUUGAGAAAAGUUAUUACAACAGGGUAUCAUAUUGUUGAAAGAUAUACUCCAGAUGCUUUCAAAUACUUAUUAGAUGAAAUUCAUAAACUUGAAAAUGAACUAGGACUUCUACCUCAAAAGUGGAAAGUUCUUUGGGAUAAAUUAGAACUACCCAAGACUGACUCAUUAAAGCGUAAUUCUUCAUUUAGUACUCAACUAGUUAGAUACCAUGGACGAUUAUUGCACAAACGAUCAACUUUAGAAAUUCUUAUGAGAGGCAAAAUGAACAAUACAUCUUCAUCAAAUGUUGACUCAAACCCUCCUCAUUCACAUCCGCAUCGUUUUGAAAAAUAUAAUUUUACUACCCCUACUUAUUGUGAUUUUUGUUCUAGCCUUCUUUGGGGCCCAGUUAAGACUGGUAUGAGAUGUUGUGAUUGUGGAUAUAGUUGCCAUGAAAAAUGUUCAGAAAAUGUUCCAAAGAGUUGCACAAAAUAUAAAUCUGUAUCGGAUAGAACUUUGAACAACCAAAAUAGUAAUAGAAACUGUAGUGAUACGGCUUCAGUAAAUUCCAAUAUGAAUGGCAUCCACCAACAGUACUAUGAACAGUUUUCUUCAAAUGUAGCUGAAAAUAGAACUCAUGAAGGAUAUUUAUAUAAACGUGGUGCACUAUUAAAAGCAUGGAAACAGCGUUGGUUUGUAUUAGAUUCUAUUAAACAUCAGCUUAGAUACUAUGACUCAUUGGAUGAUUCUCACUGUAAAGGAUACAUUGAUCUUGCUGAGGUUAUGUCAGUAACUCAAGCUAAUCCAUCACCGGGUGCACCAAAGAAAACAGAUGACAAAUCAUUCUUCGAUUUGCGUACUAACAGAAGAACAUACAAUUUUUGCGCUAGUGAUAUGACUACUGCACAAGAAUGGAUUGAAAAAGUCCAAGCCUGCUUACAAUAAAUGAUUGGUGUCAAAAUAUUUAGUUUUAUUUUAUAGUUUUUUGUUGGUAAAAUGUAAUAAAUAUUUAAUUUUAGUGAAAUGGCCAAUUUAUUUAUAUAAAUAAAAAACUAUAUGGUCUUAUCAUUAAGUUUAAACAAAAUGUGAUAGUUUUGCAUAUUAUUACUAUUUAUUUUUUCACAAAUUCUUUUAAUUGUUUUUAUAUUUUAGUUGUAAUACUAUCUUACUCUUACAUUCACAUUUCUGAUAUGAAUUUUAUUAAUCCAAUGCUUUUCAGUCUUUCUUAUUUAUUAUUUAUUGUUUAUACUUAAAAGACUUUAAAAUUUGGUGUAAAUAUAAGUCAUAUUAUAAUUCAACUUCUAAAUAUCAUGACUUCAUAAAUUUCAACAGAGUCAUAUCUGUUACUAUGUUUAUGUUUAUUUUUGUUAUAUCUUGUUUUUUUUUUAUGUUCAAUAAUUUAUAAAAACAAUUUGUAUAUGUAUUUAAAUUUUAUGUAUUAUUAGAUAAAGAAAAUGCACAAAAAAUUCUCUCAACUUUAAAUUGAGAUAUUUACUUUCCUAAAUAAGUUACCGGCAGUGUUUGUGAAGAUCAUUUUUCCACUUGGUUGUUUUAUAAUAAUCUAUAAUAAGUUAUUACUAGUUACUGGUUAAAUUAGAGGUAUACAAUUAAAAUAUAUACCAAUUUUUUAAA